AUGCAGGGUCUGGGCACACCAUUGCCCAAUCAACACAGUGAGGUCGUGCAGAAAAAUUUGCCAGGUUCCUACGAUGUCACCGAGUUCGUGGCUGAGACCCUGCUUCCUACACGUACUGGCAAGUACAGACUCAGAGGAUACAGACACACGGUAAGUGUACUAUGCAACGAUGUCAAUAUACCUGUGCGCGUGCAUGAUGCCUGCUUCACAUCGGAGGUGUUGGGGUCGUUGAAGUGCGACUGCGCGGGGCAGUUGGAGAUGGCUAUGGAUUACAUUCAGGAGAAUGGCCCGGGUCUAAUCAUCUACCUGCAGCAGGAGGGGCGCGGCAUCGGCCUUGCUAAUAAGAUAGCUGCCUAUGCCGUGUGGAAUGUGUUGCAGGAAGAGGGGUUGGACACAGUGGAUGCCAACAGGGCUCUGGGGCUGCCGGACGACUGCAGAGAAUACUCCUCUGUCAGAAACAUCCUGCAGAACCUGGGCAUCCGCAGCAUUCGCCUCAUGACAAACAACCCGCGCAAGAUGAAGGUGCUGGAGGAGCUUGGGGUGGUGGUGACUGCGCGCAUCCCAUGCAUUGUGAAGGCCCAGGAGCACAACAUGGGCUACAUCGCCACAAAACAGGCGCGCAUGUCUCAUUGGAUGGACGAUGGUCCGGACUCUCUGGACGGCUCCUACUGCUAUUGGAACCAUGACGGGGAAACC